GACAUUACCGCAGCUUGAACUGACAUCACAACUGUGCGCGAGGCACCGCAGUUCGAGCACCUUUUGUCCACUGCAGCGUCUUUCUUGGUCUCUACAUCAGCUUCUAUCAUAUAAGAGACAAUUUGAGUGUGUAGGAUUUAAUCUAGACAGCAUUUGGCCGGCUGAGCCCCUGAAAACGAGGUUAGCCUGUGCUAGGCUCGCAGGUAUUGCUGCCGGGCUUCGUUUCGUGUAUCCAGAUUAGCACGACGAGCUGCUGCUGCUAGGACCUGCACGGUGCUGGCACCGACGGCUUCAGCGAAGUGCAUCGCCGGUGUUCUCUGACCUGGGAUUACGCGAUAUGAUGCGGCCGGUUGGCCAGCUAGGGCGCUAACCACUCGACAUGGACGGCGCCGAGGGCGUGGGCCGCGCUGGUAUGGCCGACAACGCCGACGGCCAGGCGCCUGAGCUCGCGAAGGACCACGACGCGGGCCGGCUGGAUGCAGCGCUUGUGACGGGCGACGCGCCUUCAGCUGGCAUGACGGAGGCGCCUCCGCCGGCAGCGUCCCCAUGCGGCGCCCGCGAGGCAGACGCCGCUGAGCCGGGAGCGGCCAACGACCAACGAGGAGAUGACCUUAGUACAGCACUCCACGACUCCACGGCACACGCUGCGGAGGCACAAGUAACGAAGACAGCAGCUGCAUCUGACGCGAUGGAGGUGGAUGAAGCUCGCACGCGGCAGCCAGCUCGGCCACCUUCCAAUCCCAGCUCAGCACAAGUUGAGCCGGAGGCCAUGUCCUGUGACGGGCUAUCGGCCGCUGGUGUUCGGCAUGACCCUCCGCAACAGCAGGCAAGCGAGCAGGCGGCCCCGAGCGCUGAUGCAGCUACACCAGCCGAAGCAACAGCCCAGGCCGUGCCACCAAAGCAACCACCACGGCAGCAGCCAGAUGCAGCCGGCGCUGCAGCGGCGUGCGGAGAUGCUGAGUCCAUGGACUCGGAGCAAGCACCCGCUGCGGCCGGGAAUGGGGUCGACGCGAAUGCGCCGUCUGCUGAGGGCGGACCUGUUGCUGCGGAAGCUGCACCAGCCGCAGCUGAGGUUCCAGCAGACAGCGAGGAGGUCACAGCAGAUCCGAGCGGUGCUGUUGUGGCUGCAGCAGCUGCUGACCCUGCCAGCAAGGCCGCCGCGGCUAAGUCGCAUGCGGCAGCGGCAGAUGGGGGCGUGGACCAGGAGGCAGGCCAGUCAGCGGAGGCGGGCGCGGCCGCAGAUGUAACAGCAGCAGCCGCUACCGCAGACCCAGAAGCGCAACCAGAGCCGCUUGCUGAGCACAAGGCGCAGAGCGCACCGGCCGGCGGCGCUGGCUCGGCCUUCACCCUGGGGCUACUUGGGCCAAGUCAAGACGCAGCCGUUGGGGCGGUCAUGUACGACCUGUGGGCCACCGAGGCGUCAGCAUCGGGGCUGACUGGUGCAAAGCGGCGGAGCGGCGCCGUCGCUGCUGCCGCGCCCGGCGGAGUUGCCGCACGGGCUGGCGGUGGUGGUGGGCCGCCGGCCGCCAAGCGCGCCAAGCAAGAGGCUGGGACACCGCGGGCUGCCGAGGCUUCCAAGGCGCAACCAAAAGCAGCAGCUGCGGCUGCUGCGGGCAGCAGCCGACGGCCUCCACGCAGCGCCGCUGCCGCUGCGGCAGUAGCCGAUGCUGACGCAAAGCCUGAGUCCACGGCACCGAAGUCCGCAGCCAAGUCGAAAGGCAAGACUACGGCAGAGGACGCGGGCGCCACCAGCAAGCAGCCCGCCCCCAAGGGCAAGACUACAGCCAAAGCAGCGGAGAACGACGCUGACGAGGACAAGGCAGCUGACGCUGCUCAGGCCACCGCAGUAGCUGCGAAAAAGGAUGAUGCCGCAGGGGGCAAGAAGGGCAAAGCAGUAGCUAAGAAGGCGGGGGCUGCGGAGGCUGCCAGCGGCGAAGCAGCGGGCGACAAGAACGGCAAGGCAACGGCCAAAGCUGGCAAGGGCGAGGCAGCGGGAGUCAAGGCGGAAGCAGCAGAGCCGCAGUAUAGUGGGGCAGCUGACGCAAAGCGUGCAGGCGGAGCCAAGGGCAAGGGCGCGCAGCAAGCGAAAAAGAAGGAUGGCGCUGCCGAUGCCGAGACCGCUGCCGCUACGACGUCUGAGGCUGAGGAGGUGAAGCCGGAGCCAGGGGAGCCCAAGCCGCAGGGCAAGCGGAAGGCGGCAGCUGCAAGCGGGAAGAAGGGCAAAGGGCACGGCCAGGAGGAGGUGGUGGAACCUAAGGAGGAGAAGGAGGAGGCUGUAGCGGGUCCGUCGACAGCGGCAGCAGCGGACUCGCAGGCAACGGACGGUGGCAAGCCGGCUGCCUCCACCGCCGCAGCGUCGGAGAAGCAAGCGGCCAGCGGCAAAGGCAAGCGGGGUGCGGCGGCGGCUGAUGCUAAGAAGCCGGCCGCCCGAACUCCAUCCCGGAAGACAGCUUCGGCCUCGGCAGCGUCCAAGGACAAUGCUGCCGCUGCGGGCAGCAACAAGGAGGCUACGUCACCUGGCGAGGGCGUGAAGACGGCAGAGGCAACGGAGGAUGCGGAGAUGAAGGAUGCGGAGGUCAACGCGGAGGCACCGGCGGUGGGUAGCGAAGGCGCUGGUGGGAAGGACGCUGCGGCUGCCGCAGGAAGCAGCAAAGAAGAGCAUGGCGGCGAGGCCGCUGGCAGCAAGGACGCAGCCGCUGCUUCUGCCAAGGCUGGCGAACGCAGCACCCGCCUGCCACGGCGCAGCAAGCUGCUCAAGCCGACACCCGCAGACGCAGCACCGAAGCCGGCGGGAGCGGACGCUACUGCGGCCGGUACGGCAGAGCCGGCAGCUGAUGCUGCCGCCAUGUCCGCCAAACUGGCGGGUGGUGAUAACGAGGCAGUGGCCGGCGUCAAGGCCGAGGCCGCAGACGAGCCGGCCGCUGAUGCUGCAGCGUCUAAGGACGACGACGCCGGCGACGCAACUGCGCCCAAACCGCCGCGGCCACCGCCGCCGCCUGGUCCACCGGGCUUCAAGGAGGACCCUGACUGGCUGGACUGGCCCAUCAAGCUGACGGACGAACAUGUGGACUUCAUCCGCACACUGGCGCACAAGGUGUUCGCGGCCAAGGAGGCGCCGCCGCGCGACGCCAAGGCGCUGCUGCGCUGCUCGGGCAUGUGGGGGCGCAAGCUCGAGUACCGCAAGCGCGACGGUCGUGAGGGCACCUACCGGCCCAUCUUCAGCGGCAUCGUGACGGACAAGGGCACGCUGGCCUGCACCUGCGAGGCCUGCAAGGAGGAGAGGACGCACUCGCUGACCGAGUUCGAGGUGCACUGCGGCGGCACGCACAAGAAGCCGGCAGACCACACAUGGGUCAUCGAGCUGGGCCUCAACCUGCGAGACCUGGCGCUCAUGACCUGCCGCUGCCUGGGCCUGGGCCACAUCGCCGCCGGCACCGGCCAGGGCCGCAUCAGCGGCGCCGCCGUAAAGGCUGCGCUGGGCGAGUCCGCGCUGGGCACGGGCGAGGGGAAGAAGCGCAGCGGCGGCGGCAAGCCCCGCAAGUCUGCUGCCGCUGCCGCGGCAGCCGGCGGCGCUGAAGGUGAGGGCGGCACAGCUGCCCUAGUCAGCUCGCGCCCACGCGGCACAGGCGGCAGCCCGGCAGGCCGCAAGCCCGGCAGGCUUCGCGCCGCCGGCUCCAGCACCGAGACGGAGUCCGACGUGGAGACCGAGACGGAGACUGAGGAUGACCUGGACGACUUCGAGGAGCAAGUGGAGCGGACGGCGCCCACCGGCGGCACAGCCCGCCAGCGCGCCGCUGCCGCGCAGGGGGCCGCGGCCGUGGCUACCGCGGGCGUAGCGGGAUGGGACCGCCACGCGCCCGUGCCGGCGGGCACUUGCACGGUGUGCUUGCGGGCGCUGCCAGAAAACUACAAGGAGCUGGCGGCAGCGCCCGUCAACGCGACCGUCCUUUCCUGCUCCAAGUGCCAGGGCCACUGCCACACCUCCUGCGCGGCGCCUUUCGGCUUGCCGCCACCGAAGCCAGCCACGGCUGCAGCUCCGGCCGCAGCGCCCGCUGUGGACGCGCCCGCUCCACAGCCCGCGGCGGCGCCUGAGCAGGCACCCGAGGGCGCUGCCCCUAGCACCCAGCCCGCCGCGGCAGCGCCCGCGGCAGCGCCCGCGGCUGACGCCGCCCCAGUGGCAGACGCGGCACAGGCAGCCGACGCAGUCAUGGUGGAGGCGGGCGAGCCAACCGCACAAGCUGCAGACGCUCCUUCCGUCGACGCCGCAGCCCCGGCCCCGGCCCCGGCCGAUGCGCCUGCUGCUGUUGCCGCGGAAGCUUCAGCUGCGCCGGCCGCUGACGCGUCCGCUGACGCGCCUGCUGUCGCCGCUGCUGCAGACACAGCUGCCGUUGCCACCGACGCUGCCAUUUCUGUGGCGGCCACCUGCGACUGGCAGUGCCCCCAUUGCCGCCAGGUGGGCCGCGGCAAGCGCAUGAAGCGCCCCAACCCCACCUACUUAGACCAAGACGCUGCAGCGACAGCUACCGCCGCCGGCCCCGCACCCGAGCGGCUAGGGCGCGGGCGCGGGCGCGGCGGCAGGCCGCCGGGCCCCGGUGUUGCAAUCGGCGGUGGCCGCGGGCGCGGUCGGGGCCGCGGGCGCAACGUCAUGAACAUGACGCAGGCUGAGAUCGCGGAGAUGUACUUCUCCAAGGCGCGCAUGGCAAUGGCAAAGGGCGGCGACGGCACCAUCCCCAAGCCCACGUUCAGCAGCGGCGCCGGCGGCGCCUUGGGUGGCCUGGUGGGUUCGCCACUGUCCCCGCGACUGGACGGCGCAGCCGGUGGGACUGGCGCAUCCACAGCUGAGACGGCGGUUCCGAGCUCGGAUGCUGCCGCCGCAUCCGCGCCUCAGGACGGCGCCGCGCCGGCGGCAGAGCGUGUGCCUGCAGCUGAGGGUGCCGCCGAAGCGGCUGCGACAGCGCCUGCCGAAGGCGCAGCCGCGCACCCACCCGCCACGGCGCCAGGUGGCGCUGUGACAGCAGCACCAACUGAUACCGCUGCCGCCGGAGGCGAGGUGGCCGCGGCCGGGACUUCUGGAACCGCCGCGCAGGUGCCCACGCAGCCAGGGGACGCGGCCGCCACAUCUGCUGCUCCUGCCGACGUAGACGCAGCCAAGGAGAAGGCCAAGCGCGAGCAGGAGGACGCGGCGCUCGCACGCGCCAUCGCCAUCGCCGAGGGCUGGGGCGAGGAGGAGUAUGGGGAGGAGUACGGUGAGGAGGAUGAGGAGGAUGACGACGAUGAGGACGAGGAGGAGGAGGCGGUGGACGAGGACGACGAGGACUAUGAGGGCGCCCGGCGGCGCAAGCGGCCGAAGGCCGCCGUCGCGCCGCCGCCGCGGACGCAUUUUAGCAUGGCGCCGCCGCCAAUGCCGUCGCCCGUGCCCCGGCCGGCUGGCGCCCCUGCGGGUGCUGCGCCGGGGCCCGCAGGUGGCGGCGGCCGUAUACAGAUGACGCUGCCGGUAACCAUGCGCGCGUCCGCGGCUCGCAGCAACGCCUCGGCGCGGCGGCAGGUGUGCGGCCGGACGCUGUUCGACGGCCUGCCAGGCGGCCUCAAGCACGACGACAUCGUGUGGUACACGCUGCAGGGCAAGCGGCUCCUGCGCGGCGUGGUUCAGCUGCAGGCGUGUGGCGCCGCGACCAGCGGCAUCCUGUGCGGCCACUGCGACACCAUCAUCAGCGCCUCCGCCUUCGAGGCGCAUGCAGGCCACAAGCACCGGCGCAACCCGUAUGAGGCCAUCCUCACCGAUGACGGCAUGACGCUGAAGCGUAUCGCCGAGCGCCUCAUGCCCAUUGCCGCCAGCCAGGCAGGCCACGCCUCCCCGCCACAGCCGCGCGCCAAGGGCGCUGGCGGUGCCCUGGCGGCCGCCGCCGCCGCGGUCGCGGCCGCAGCUCACGCCGCAGCGGCAGUGCAUCACGAUGAUCACCAACACCACCACGACGGCGGUGAGGCCGGCGAGGACGACGACGACGUGGAGAUGGUCGAGCUGGUGGAUGACGCUGCCUGCGUGCUGUGCCACGAGCCGGACUUUGACCGGGAGGGCUUCAGCGACAAGACCGUGCUUAUCUGCGACCAGUGCGAGAAGGAGUACCACAUCGGCUGCCUGCGUCAGCACAAGAUGGUGGACAUGCAGGCGGUGCCGGAGGGCGAAUGGUUCUGCAGCGACGAGUGCGUGCGCAUUCGCGAUGCGCUGGGCGAGGACGUGGCGGCGGGCGAGGUGCUCAUGCCUGGCAACCCCGCCUACCGCUGGCAGAUCCUGCGCGGCAAGAAUGGCCGGCAGCAGACCUGGCACGCGCUGUCCACUGUGCUCAACAUCCUUCAGGAGUCGUUCGACCCCAUCAUCGACACCGGCAGCGGCUCCGACCUGCUGCCGGCCAUGGUCAACGCCGAGACGGCGGGCGACUACGACUUCCAGGGAAUGUACUCCAUCCUGCUGCGGUACAGGGGCCCGGACAAGGAGGCGCGCGGCAAGCCGGUGCUGGCGGCGCUGUUCCGCGUGCUGGGCAGCAGUAUGGCGGAGAUGCCGCUGGUGGCCACCCGCUACGACUGCCGCCGCCAGGGCCACCUGCGCGCGCUGGUGGACGCGAUGCGCCACAAGCUGCUGGGGCUGGGCGUGCGCGCCAUCGUUCUGCCCGCCACGGCCGACGCGCAACCCGCCUGGCGCCAGCUGCAGUUCCAGGACCUGGACGAGCCGUCCACACGCGUGGCGCGCAGCGAGCACCGCAUGGUCAUCUUCCCGCACACCACCGUGCUGGCGCGCCCGCUCAUCCGCGUGCCUGGCUACGACCAGAGCCAGCUGCAGUCCGCGCACGAGGCGGCCGACCCAGCAUUCAUCGCCGCCUGCGCCAAAGCCAUGGAGGAGGCCCGCGUCGCCUCCGGCAAGGAGAUCGUGGACAGCGAGGAGAAGAUCUACGCCGCUAUGGACGACGCGGCGGCCGCCGCCGCGGAGGUGCAGGCGGCCAAGGCGGCCGCGCUGGCGGAGCAAGGCAUUUUCGUAGGCCGCGGCCGAGGCCGCGGCCGCGGGCGGGGGCGAGGUCGUGGUUUUGCGGCGGCCGCCGCCACCGGAGGGGGCUACGGUGCGCCAUACAGCGCCGCCGGGCCUGUGGAGGUGGAUGCCUACGGGCAGCCGGUGGAGGGCGAGCCGUACAGCGGCGCCGGAGGGCCAUACCCUGGCGCGCCGCCGCACUUGGCGCUGCUGCCGGGCUCGCCGGGCGCACCGGGCCGGGGGCGCGGCCGGGGGCGCGGGCGCCGCGGGCGGCCUCCCAUGUCGGCCCAUGUCGCGUACCCGCACCCCGGCGCUGUCGCCGGCGACCCAGGCGCCGGCGAUUAUCCGGCCGCACCGCCCGAGGGUGAUGACGGCAUGGCGGCGUACGGCGGUGGUGGCUGGGGCGCUUAUCACAUGCCCGUGCCCGUUUCGCGCGGCCGGGGCCGGCCACGUGGCCGGGGCCGGGGAACUGGCGUUGGGGGCCGGCCGCGCGGGCGGGGUCGUGGCCGCGGCCGGGGGCGGGCGGCGGCUGCCGCGUUGUACGCAGGCGGAUUGGCCGGGGCCGGCAGCACGUACCCAGGCUACGGUGCAGAAGGCGCGGGCGAGGGCGAUGACGGCGAGGAGGGCGACGACACCUGGGCCGGCUACGGCGGCGUCGGUGAGGUGGCGUCGGCGGUGGGCAGCGCUGUUGCUGCAGGCGAGACGGGCGAGGGCAUGAUGACGGCGGCCAUGGGCGCGGCGUCACGCUUCUCCAUGGGCCCGCUGCAAGGCGCCAUGGUGGCAGCUGCGGCCGCGGCCGCGGCAGCGGCGGCAAAGCAGUACGCGCCGCAGAUGGCGGCGGUGGAUGCGGCGGGCAGGCCGCGGCAGCCAUCCGACGGCACGGAUGCCGCUGGCAUGCCGGCAGCGGCCUUUGGCAUGCCGCCGCCUCAGCAGCCAGGCCAGGGGCUUGCAGCCUUCGGCGCGGCCGCAUCUGGGGCGUCCGUAGCCGGCAUGGCGCCCGGCUACGGUGCGGAUGCUGCCGGGCAAGCUGGAGCGCAGGCGCCCGCAGCGGUGGCUGCGGCUGCGGCGGCUUACAAGUGGGCGCUGGAGCAGUUCACGCAGAAGCAGCACCAGCAGCAACCGCCAGCACCGGCAGCCGGCCCUGGGCCGGAAAGCACAGGCGCCGCAGCGUACGGCAUGGCGGCGCGGGCUUACGGCAACGCGAUGAAUGCUGGGAUGGCGGCGGCGACAGCAGCGCGCACUAGUGGCGGCGGCGCCCCGCCUACCGGCGCGUGGAGCAGCCAGCCGCCGGGCUGGCCGCAGCCGCAGCAGGUGCACUACCAGCCGCCGACAUCCCAGCCGCCGCAGCCAGUGUCCUUGCAGCCGAGCCAGCAGCAGCUGCAGGCCUGCAAUUUCCUUGCAAGCCUAACGGGCGGCGGCGGCCUCUCUAGUGGUGGUGCGCCGCCGGGCCCUGCGGCAGGCGCGCCAGGGAGCAGCUGGGGAGCUCCUCCGGCGCAAGCGCCGCAGGCGGCUCAGCAUUCCUACCAGCCACCGCCGCAGCCGCAGCCACCGCAGCAGCACCAUCACCAACCGCACCAGCUGCACCAGCAGCCGCACCAGAUGCAGGGCGGCAUGGUGGCUUACCACCAAACGCACCAGCAACCAUUGUCAGCGGCGCAGCCGCAGCACUAUCAGCAGCAGCCUGGCGCGUGGCCCCAAGCGGCUGCGGGCGGCAGCAACCCAUCAUUGACAGACCAGAACUACCACGAGACGCUUGCGGCACUGCAGCGGCAGCAGGAGCGGCAAAACCAACAAGCGUUGCUGGGGAUACCGCCGGCUCAGCAGCAACAAGCACAGCAGCACCCGCAGUUCCCGCAGCAUGGGGGUUAUCCUACCGGGAUUGCGCCGCCGCAGCAGCCGCCGCAGCAGCAACAGCAGUAUGGGUAUCCUGACCCGCAGGCGGCUGCGCAGCAGGCGGCUGCGCAGUUCGCUGCGUACGGGCAGUACGGGGGGCCGGCUGGGGCGCCAGGGCUGUUCGGCCAGCAGCCGCAGCGGUGAUGCCCCAGGUGAUGCAUUGCAUAUGGAAUAGGGGUGUCGUUGACGCUCUGACUCUAUGAAUACGAUUUGCAAGAGUGGCGUCGCACAGAGGUUGCGCUGGCGCACGCAGACGCAGAUGGCCACAGUCCAUACACUUUCUUGACCCGUGUGUCAGCGUGGUUCAGUGGGCACAUAGGUGGCGAGAUAGUGGGAAAUCGCAGCAACGUAGGUGAGGCGUUGUUGUGGCCUGCAGCCAGGCUUGGGGAGGUUAGGAUGGCACGCUAUCAGACACGCUGACGCUAUCGGGAUACUAGCGGUCUAGCGCCCCUCGUGUUGUGCUCUCAUGCGUGUGUUUUGUGGGCCUGAGGACUGUAAUUCCAUCGGAGC